GCGUUAAUCAUUAGAGUCAUUAUCGGACGAGCGAGAGUGCCGGCCUUGCCAUUGGGACAUCAUGACGACCAACGCGAUUCCGACCGAGGCGCAGAAGUACCUCUCCACCCGGGGAGGCGACUAUGACUUGUCUUUCGAGACCGUGGUCCUCAAGGGACUGGCUGCGGAUGGUGGACUUUUUCUGCCUCAUGAGGUUCCCAGCGCCGAUGACUGGCAAAGUUGGAAGGAUCUCAGCUACGCCGACCUCGCCCUAAAGAUCUUCAGCCUCUAUAUCUCUCCCUCCGAAAUCCCCACCGAAGACCUGAAAGGCAUCAUCGACCGCAGCUACUCGACAUUCCGUGCCGACGAAAUCACCCCAUUGGUUCAUCUGCAGGACGAUAACCUCUUCCUUCUUGAACUUUUCCACGGACCCAGCUACUCUUUCAAGGACUGCGCCUUGCAAUUCUUGGGAAAUCUGUUCGAAUAUCUGCUUGUACGGAAGAACCGCGGGAAACAAACAAAAGACAAGCAUCACUUGACGGUUGUUGGUGCUACGAGUGGUGAUACCGGUUCUGCGGCUAUCUACGGUCUCCGAGGCAAGAAGGAUGUGACGGUCACCAUCCUGCACCCUAAGGGCCGCAUCAGCCCCAUCCAAGAAGUGCAGAUGACUACCUGCACGGAAGCGAAUGUCCACAACUUGGCUGUUACGGGCACAUUCGAUGACUGCCAGGACAUCGUCAAAGCGCUCUUCGGGGACGCCGACGCAAACGAGCACCUCAAGCUUGGCGCCGUCAACUCCAUCAACUUCUCGAGAAUCCUCGCCCAGAUUGUCUUCUACUACUACUCGUAUUUCCAGCUCGCGAAGAAGUCGUCCUCGUUCAACGUUGGCGAUAAGGUCCGGUUCGUCACUCCCACUGGAAACUUCGGAAACAUUCUCGCCGGUUACUUUGCACACAAGAUGGGGCUUCCCGUGGAUAAGCUGGUUGUGGCCACCAACGAGAACGAUAUCUUGCAUCGUUUCUGGACGACUGGCCGCUACGAGAAGCACCCUGCUGAGGACAAACAGUCUGGCAAGCCCGACGCUUGCAAGGAGACUCUUAGCCCGGCCAUGGACAUCCUGGUGUCCAGCAACUUCGAGAGACUAUUGUGGUUCCUGUCCAAGGAGCACGCCCUGGCCAAUGGCGCCGACAGCCAAUCUAGCAAGAAGCAGGCCAGCGAGGACAUCGUGUCCUGGUACCAGUCGCUGAAGUCCUCCGGCGGCUUCGGACCCAUCCACCAGGACAUGUUGACCAACGGCCGACAGAUCUUCGAGAGCGACCGUGUCAGCAACGCCGAGACCUCGGCGACCAUCAAGUCCUGCUACCAAGAGACCAAGUAUGUCCUUGAUCCCCACACCGCCGUGGGAAUCACCGCCUCCCACCGAUCGCUGUCUCGGACGGGCGCCCCCACGCAUCACAUCUCGCUGUCCACGGCCCACCCCGCCAAAUUCUCCGACGCCGUCGCUACGGCCUUGAAGGACGAGGCUGGCUUCGACUUCGACGCCCAGGUGCUUCCGGAUGAGCUGAAGGCUCUCCUGCAGAAGGAGACCCGCGUGACGCAGGUGGAGAACUCGUGGGAGGCCGUGAGGGAGAUCAUUAAAGCCCAGGUCCAGAAGGAGCUGAAGGCCGAGGAGAAUGCUUAGGACUUUAGAACUAAAGAGGGGAGUGAUUGGUGAAUGUAUAUCAACGAGCCCUAAAAUUGCAGUAUAUCUAGAUGAUAGAAAUGUUUAUGUCUUCUCAAUUAUGAC